GUUAGUGCCAAAGUGACUUUUUUUCUUGCAGUGAGAUCAACCCUGCAAGCCCAAGGUGCCAAAAGGAGGCGUUGCUGUUCCAAGCAUUGAUGGGAUUAGGCCUAAGAGAGCUCGUGUCACGGGUGGCGAUCUGCCAGCUUGCAACAACUCUUCAGUUUUCAACACAACGCGAAUUGCUACCCGAUGACAAUGUCGGAGCGCGGCCUGUACUAAUCUUGUACCUUUCUGGUUCCUGUAUAAGUAUGUUAUUACUGUCCGGCUUGUGCUUUCACAAUUGGAUGCACGCCAGCUUUAGCCGGGCGUGUCUGCCGCAUUCACUUGGAGCGCGGGCUCGUUCCGUCACGUUGAUGAUGACACCAUUGCCAGUGCCAGCUGCGAAUGCUGACGAAAACAAAUUUAGUACCAUUUCAUCGUACGGGAUUUCGACUUCGAUAAAUUCUUUAAUUCGCCCUUGCAAUGGAGACGGAAACCCCCAGCGCAUCAUGGCACCCAGCGUUGAUGCCGAAUUCUAUUGUCGAGGCCAGCGCGCUGUCGCGCUCACAUGUCGACAAGUCUCCGGGGCCUGAGCCGAGUGUCGAGGCAGAUGGGCCGCAGCCCGAAGAAUACACAGACUCAUCCAACCACGAGAUACAGCAGAACGCAACCAACCCCGCCGAGGCCACAAACGUUAGUGGUUUUCAAAACCAAUUCAACGAUGGUGACGAUGAUCCGGAAGCAGGGCUCUGGGCUUAUGAAGCUGCAAAUGACUCAACUGCGCAUGGUGACGAAGGCACGAUAGAGUCCGAAGCUACCGAACCACAAACCACCGGGACGAGCAAAGCCCCGAAGCAUCGUAGCACGAUGUCAUUCGCGCGCACUGUUUCCCACGAAGUGAAUUGGACCGACGACGAAGAUGCUGACUGGAAUCUGCAACGUACUGAGACCGAUCCUUUCCGGUUCAUGCCCCCGACCGAGAGGACAAACUCUUUCCCCGUCGUACCGCCCGCCAAACCUGUCGAAGGAGAACUGAUAGAACAGCCUCCAGCUCCAACUCAAGCUCAAGAAAUUUUGCAGGAAUUGGAGCGGGACGAAGAACAUGGAGAUCUUGUCGCCCAUGUAUUUGACGACGACGAUGCCGUCGAGCGAGGUCAACAAGCUGAUUCUGCCGUUCAGCAAUACGUAGGCCGCGACAUGGUUGGGACCGAGGAGGACGCGUCGGAUACUCGUUUUCAGGAAGGUUUACCCCUGAUCCCACAGUAUGAGUCUGAAGAGCCCGUGGAAUUUCCACCAAGCAACGUUUCGGAAUCCGCCGAUCCAUUUGGCAAUGAGACAGUGAAAGGAGGUGAUGAUUUCUUCAGUCAAACCAACGGUGGCUCAAACCACGAAACAGUAGAGUGUGACUUGAGCCAUUCGUUACAAAGGAAGAAUACCAGCAUGUUUGUUGGCACAGACUCAGAACACCCAACAAAACCGACCGCUUUCGAACCGGAGAAUGCGGCGAUAUCCGAGCUCACUGCUGCUGAAGAAGGAGCCCCCGUCACGGAUACAGCAAAUGAAACCGCCGACGGGAAUUCGACAAGCUGGCCUGAAUCUGGACUUGAUGCUGAGCAAGGUGAGACCAUUGAUCUCGAUGCUCAGUGGGCAGCUGCCCUAGCUGAUGUUGAAGACGAUGAACUCUUGCUUGAAGACUCGACGCUAGAGCCCAAGGAAAUCGAUCCUGCCGACUUCUUCGGAAGUGAUGAUGAGGGCUUUCUGGAAGAUACUGCAGGGGAUGAGCUGCCACAAUCGUCCGCAACACAACAAUAUGCGGGUAGUGUGGCUCCCGAGAUGACUACAUCAAGUACUAAUAAUCGAUAUACUCCCAACACCACGCAGACUCAGGCGCCGCCAGCGUUCAAUACGUACAAUUCUCUGCCUUCGAUACCACAACUGCAACAAACCCAAGACCUGUUGUACGACCCGUCAGGUACGGUCCCCCCAAACAAGCCUGAGAUCCCUAAAUUCAAAAGCUUUGCGGACAAGGCCAAGGGCGGAUAUUCGUCUCCAUACGACUUGCCCAUGGACGUGGUGAAGCAACCAAAGAAGCGGAUCAGUAUGCAACAGCUCCCACGGGCAAAUUCUAUGCCACUUGCACCCCCCAUGGCAUCCCCACGCAGCACGAGCAUGUACAGCCAGCCUGUGGCUCCGCCUGGAGCGUCUACAUCGAGGGCAUCACUCCCGGCAGCAGUCCAUCCGACCCAACAGGCACUUCCAGGGCUGAAAGCUCUGCCUCAAUUGAAGGCCAAGUCGAGCAGUUUCUUUGAGGACCUGCCCAUACACACGAAGCCACGGCCAGGCUCACGGCAGGGCAGUCUGCCAUCUCCUCGACCUUAUCCACUUGGUCACCCCCAAGCAACACCCAGCGCAUCUCCCCCAAUGUCAUCGCCAAUGGCCUCGCCUGCUCUCCAACUAGGACCCCUUGCAGCUUCUUUACCUGGUGUUUCUCCAUUGGUUGCCCCUCAACGGGUGAGCCCAUACGCUCAGUUACAACCAGAUCCACAACCUAAGACGAGCGCGCCACCAAGCAAUCGCUAUUCGCCUGCGCCUACACAAGUGCCGACAGCCAAUGGAGCACCGCCAACCUCGGGCUUUUCCAGCCGAUACUCUCCAGCUCCCGCCAAUACCCGGCCAGGUAGUGGAGGAUACACAUCUGCACCACCGCCCGUUCUUGCGCACCUGCCUCGCACCUCCAGCCCUCUUGCCCACUUCGAAGCCUCCCAUGAACGGCCGUUCCAUAAGCUUCCUAGUCCGAGUGCUGAAGGAUUUCAGCCGUCCCGGAGCGGCUCGUCACAGUACGAGCCUCGCAUUAACCGGUUGUCUUCCUUACCCCCUACCCAAGAAGUGGAGGAAGAAGCUGCGCCGCUGCGAUCGCCACCAGUUGCAAUGCCACCAGUGGAUUCGAAUUACAGCCCUCGGCAAACUAGGCACACGCCGCCACCAACGGGCCCUCCUAUGUCCAGCAUGCUCUCCCCGCCAAAUCGUCCCACCUCAAGUUAUGUCCCUCUUCCCCAAUCAACAGCUCCGGCAAGAGAAACCAACUUUGUACCACCACCACGAUCACAGACGCAGUCUCCAGGGGCAUUAUAUGGCAACCGAUCUAUGCCAAAGACGGUGGACCCGGUGCCCAGGCCCUCUUCUGUACAUGGCGCGACUUCGCCAAGGUCUGUUUCCCACGGGCCGCUUUCGCCCGCAAAGACGAGGACUCGUGGCAUGUCGCAAGCCCUGAAUUUAGUUGCUCCCACAGAUGGUCGUGAGAAAGAUCCCUUGCAAAGAUGGAGAGGUGCCCCACUCAUAACUUGGGCUGGCAAUACCAUCGUGACCACUUUUCCCAAGGACGUCCCGCGUUAUGGCAUGAGCCAAGUCUUACCCAUGAUUCUUCGCAGUCCUGGCGAGGUAAAGAUGAAGCACGUUAAGGACGUACUACCGCUUGAAGAACGGCUGGCAAAGUUCCCGGGGCCAUUGAAGGGCAAGUCCAAGAAGAAAGACACCAUUGCCUGGUUGACUGCAGGCAUAGAGGGUAUGGAAAAUGCCCUGCCUAACGGGGCUUUCCAGCACUUUUUGUCGCUCGAAAACAAGAGGGCGGUGGAGAGAGUUCUGCUGUGGAAAAUUCUCCGGGUCUUCGUUGAGUUUGAUGGCAUUCUUGAGGGCAAUCCCGCGGUUGAGAAAGCUGUUCGACAAGUUUUGUCCCCUGAAAUCGUGGACAAUGACAUGAACCUUGCAUCUACUACCGCAACAGGGGUUGGCCUCCCCGGAGCAUCAUCCACGUUUACCGGGAUGCAAGCAGACGCUGUCGACUCUUCCGCCGUUGAACAGAUACGGAAUCAUCUUUUGCUCGGCGACCGCGAGAAAGCCGUCUGGAUCGCUGUAGACAAGAGACUAUGGGGCCAUGCUAUGCUCAUCUCUAGCACGGUUUCUGGCGAUCUUUACAAGCAGGUUGCGCAAGAAUUCGUCAAGAAGGAAGUGAACCAGCCUGGUCAUGGCAAUGAAUCUCUUGCCGCCUUAUACGGUGUGCUGUCCGGCAACUACGAGGAAUCUGUGGAUGAGCUUGUGCCCUCUCAUGCACGCGCGGGUCUUCAAUUGAUGUCUACAUCUACCGCGGCUGGCCAAUCCAAGGAUGCGCUGGCAGGUUUGGACAGAUGGCAGGAGACUUUGGGUCUUAUUCUAAGCAACCGUAGCAAUGGUGAUGUCAGCGCACUAACCUCGCUCGGUAAUCUCCUGUCUGGAUACGGCAGAGCCGAAGCUGCCCAUACCUGCUUCCUCUUUGCACGACAACACGCUGUCUUCGGUGGGCUGGAUGAUCCCAAUGCCAACUUCGUAUUGGUUGGUGCUGAUCAUCGCCGCCAAGCUGGCCAGUUUGCCAAGGAGACCGAAGCUCUACUGCUCAGCGAAGUGUACGAGUAUGGCCUUUCAUUGGCUGGUGGAUCCACCUUCGCUCAGAGCUGUCCUCAUCUUGCUGCAUACAAAUUACAACAUGCCAUCACUCUGGCUGAACAUGGAUUUAGGGACAAGGCGUUGCAGUACUGCGAGGCAAUCAUUGCAGCGAGCACUUCGCAGACUAAGCGAUCCCAUUACUACAACGUAGUGCUUGAGUCGUCCGUCGACGAUCUCCUGAAGAGGGUGAAGCAAGCGCCCAGAGAGGAGUCGUCCUCAUGGAUUCCAAAGCCAAGAAUGGAGCAGGUUUCUAAUACGAUGUGGACUCGUUUCAACAAGUUUGUUGCUGGUGACGAGAAUGAGGGUUCUGGAGCUGGAUCACCAGGAGAACCUGGCACGGAAGCCGGGCCGUUCUCUCGCAUUGCUGGUGGCACACCAACCAUUAGCCGGUCACCGUCUCUGGCGAACUUUGAGCCGUACGGAAACAACGGCCCCUCACCCGUCAUACCCGCUACUAAAGCGGGAUCUCGCUAUGCCCCUGUGGCAGGUCAGCAACCGGGAUCUCCCUAUGAACCAAGCUCCGGCUUUGCUCCAAGGUCUUCACUAGAUCUUCCCAGAUCCUCAAUGGAACGUUCUUCUGGCGAGUAUCAUCGUAGCUCAUAUGAAUCGCAGAGACCUGCCACAGAAACAAUGUCCACGUACGGUGGUGGCUCUUAUUCACUGGAGAGCAAUUCUGUGCCUUCCUACGGCUAUCAACCCGCUCCCCCAGCUGCUCCACAAGGAAACCCGCUAGGUUCAGCCCCUAUCCCAAUCCCGUCGCAAUCAUUGGGCAAUACGCACUCUCCGUACGCUCCUCAAACCUCGUUUCAACCGUUGAACGGCGAGGCUAGUGAAUUGAAGUUAGAUGCGUUAGCCAACGGCACCACGGCCGAUGUAGGGUACCAGCCUGCUUCCAACGGCUAUGAACCACCUACGACAAAUUCGUUCAUGCCACCAUCAGAGCAGCCAGCAGAGACUUACCCAGCCGGCGGAUAUGAAGCACCUUCUUAUCAACCCUAUGGUUUCGAACCGCCAUCCUAUCAGCCUGGUCCAGAUGACGGUGACUCUGAAUCGGACAAACCGAAGCCAAAGAAGAAGAGCUUCAUGGAUGAUGACGACGAUAUUCCGGCAAUGAAGAAGCCCCAAGGUGAAGAUAAAUCUAAAGCUGAGAAGGAUCGUGAGAACGCGGAGUUGUUCCGCAAAGUGGCUGAAGAAGACGCCAAACGUGCCGAAGCUCAGAAGGCACAGAAGAAAGGCUGGUUUGGUGGCGGGUGGUUCGGCGGUACCGCUAAGAAGGAACCAGCCGAGAUCCCCAAUAAACCCGUCAAGGCCAACCUGGGUGAAGCAAGUAGUUUUGUCUACGACCCUGAGCUGAAACGAUGGGUCAACAAGAAAUCCGGCGGUGACAACACACUUACUAAAACGGCCACACCACCCCCGCCACGGGCUGCAUCCCGCAACGGUACGCCGCCUCCGCCUGGAACUACGAGCAGUGCGCCGCCUCCAUCUGGCGGACUAGGUAAACCCCCACCAUCAUCUAGUCCCCUGUUGGCCAGGGCCACCAGCAACCUGGUACAUGCAACCAGCUCCGAAAGCUUGAGGGUUCCUAGCAUUGGCUCGAUGACCCCGCCGAUGGGCCGUAGUGUCAGUAACAUGAGCAACGUGAGCAACAUGAGCGGCAGCGGGGGCGAUGCCGGGGGGCCGCCUAUCGCCCCGCCUAGUCGGCCCGCUACGAGUCUCAGUAACGCAAGUAGCAUCGAUGACUUGCUUGGGGCAUCUGGGCCUAGGAAGGCGGGCGCCAGGAAGGGGAGGAAGGGUGGACGGUAUGUGGAUGUCAUGGCUAAAUAGAGGAGUUCUGCUUGAGAGGGAAGACUGCUAGUUGGCGAGUGAGUCGUAGUGAUGAUGGAGUUGGCAAAUGCGAAGACGUUGAUGAACAUGAAAUACAUGCGAGACACGAGAUGGAGAAUGUGCGGAGAAAGAGGGGCGGUGGUGCAGUAUUGUUCUUUGCGCCUGUGCCGCAUCGAUGCGGAAUUUGUUUAUUGUAUCAUAGAAUAGCAAUUUUGUAAUACGCGGCGUCU